AUAUAGCCUAUAUAAUUACAUAAAUAAUUAAUGGUUUUAGUUGUAUUGUUAGUUUUAAUAAUAAUAACAAUAACAAAAUGAAAUGAUUCUUACAUAUAUUAUAAUAAUUAAUAUAAAAGUUUUAUUUAAUAAAUAACUGCUAUUAGUAGUAAUGAUUUUAGUAUUUGUAACUGUAAUAAUAAUAACAAAAAUAUUAUUAAAUAAAAGACUAUACCAUAGUUGUUGUCUAGUAGUAGUAUUUUUGUUUUUUGUCUAUUUUGUUCUCCUAUUACAAAGUAUUCCUUUCCAGAAUAGAGAUCCCUCCUCCAAGAUGCAGUUAAGUUCCUCCUAUUUUCAUCCAGCUAAAAGCUGGCUGUUCACACUGAGACUGGCUCAAACACUUUCUCACAGCUGCCAAAAAGACUCAUCUUUGUCUCCAGGAACUAAACAAACACCAUUUGGAAUUCUUCAAACUCUAGUUGAUUGCCUUUACAAAUCAUAAAGGGAAGUUUCAUCAUGGAGAACAGCUUAAGCCAAGAAGCAGAGGAAAAUCUGUGUUUUCAGAGAACACCGUCUCUCAGACGUAAAUGGAGAAAGCGCUACGGAGGCCUGGACGGCAACAAACUGCUGGAGCCAAAUAAGGAGGAUGACACAAGAGAGAAUGGAGAGAUGACAGAUGCCUUCACAAACAGGAACGCAGACCCUGUGAAGUUUACUGCUAAGGAAACAAAAUCCGCAGGGAACAUUCCUCAACAUGUGCCAAGAAAUACCUUUCCAUCCCAGAGGCCAGUCAAUUACGUCUCUCCAGGCUCUACAGGCGUGCCAUCUUUUAUAAGCAACGGAGGCACAAAACGGACAGUACCAGAGCAGGACAAACUUCAAGCCAGCCAAGCAUGGCAACACUUGGGCCGACCGGAGACCCAUCAAGGUCAUUUUAAGAAAAAAGUGGCUGCUGAUGUGCUCUUUGAUAGUUUCGCCUCUGGCGGAAGAGUCAACUGCAAUCAGUUUUUUGAGGCCCUGUGGAGCUCAGGAAUCAUCCGAACAGACCCGCGGAUUAAAGACUGCUACAGCCUGAUGCGGAAGCUACAGGAAGGGGAUGGAACUGUUGACAGGAGCACUUUUCACAGGUGCGUGACAGGCUUUGUGUCUUUCAUCCUGAAGGCAUUGCAGGGAAGAUUUGUCAUUCCAGAUUUCUCUACCUUCACAGAGGAAACACAAAAGCUGUUUAUUAAAUGCAAACAACUAUCUUCUGUGAAGGAGAAAGAAGACGUAAGAGAGAGCAGCGCAAAAUGGGGCAUUUCAGUUUGUACUGUGGAUGGGCAGAGACUUUCCUUAGGAGACUGGGCUGAACCUUGCAUUUUGGGAGAGAUAUCCUGGCCUCUCAUAUACGGCCUCGCGGUGGACCAACAAGGAUCCGACUACGUGCACAGAUUUGUAGGGAUGGAGGAAUAUUCCAAAUACGAGUCUCCAUUUACCCUGACCAAGCAAGGUGUGCCUCACAGUCCGCUGGUUGAGACAGGAGCCAUUAUCUGCACUUCUUUAUUACAGCUGGCAACCAGACCAGUCACUGAGGAAGAAGAAAAGUAUGAGUCUGUUUUGAAUAUCAUCAGAAGACUGUGCAACAAAGAGCAUGCAAACCUAAACUGCACCAGUUAUCAAAACUUGCGAAAAGACAUCAUUCGUCUCCACGCGCUUUCAUUUUUCUUACAAGAGAAGAAAUGCUUUCCGGAAGGUGUGGGGAUCAUUACACUGGAUUUACUGUUGCAGUGUUUAUCGACAGAAGUCACUUGCGAGUCCGGCGCGGCAUUAGCCGCUACCCUGGCUAAUGGAGGAUUGUGCCCCCUGUCAGGUGACCAAGUUAUAUCCCCCCACGCCAUCCGCAGUAGCCUUUCCAUGAUGCAGGUGGCUGGAAUGAAUGAUUAUUCCAGAACAUUUCAUUUCAGGACGUCUGUGCCUGCCAAGUCCAGUCAGUCUGGUGUUGUGCUGAUCGUGGUUCCUGGAGUUCUGGGACUUGUGUGCUGGUCACCUGGGCUGGACUGCAAUGGAAAUUCCUGGAGGGGUGUCCAUUUCUGUGAGGAGCUGGUUUCAACCUUCCAGCUGCACAGUUUUGACAUCAGGACUCCCUUCAGACAGGUGCUGUGUUACAGACAGUGGAAGGUGGAGUCAGAGGGAUACCAAAUCAUGAAUGUACUCUUAGCUGCUUACAGAGGGGAUAUGGUGUCUCUGCGCAGGUACCUUCUGUCAGGAGCAGAUGUGAAUGCUGUGGAUUAUGAUGGACGGUCAGCGCUGCACGUCGCAGCCUCUGAGGGCCGUCUGGAUGUCAUCAAGUUCCUGGUGGAGAACGCAGGAGCAAACUACACACUCAAGGACAGGUGGGGUAACACCGCAUUACAGGAGGCCAUGAGAUGCAAUCAAGACCCCGCCAUCCAGUGUCUGAAGAAAUACACAGAUCAUGAAAAGAGUUCAUAAUUGGGUGCAUUAAUUUACAGUUGAUAUUUACAUUCGAGAUAGGUACAGAUAGGUAGAUACGGAUUAUAUUUAGAAUGAAGAGGAGGUUAUAAAGAGCAGCAAAGGCAACAGUCUCAGACAAACACUCACUGCUUAUUAGGAAUUAUUAAAAGAGACUGAAUCCUUGUUUUCCUAAUAAAUGCAGCAUGUGUUUACUGAUUCAUUAUGAAUGCAUCUGCACAAAUUCCAGUGUCCUCAUAUUUUUGCUGUAGCUGUUGGGUAAACAUUUAAACCGUGGUCUCAAGGGUAUUUUCCUAAAUGUAAGGUUGGGGCAAGUUGUCACAUGUUUUAUCAAUGUUCUGUGUUAAAAACAGUUUGUUUGGUCAAUUUAAUGCAUCCUUGCUGAAUAAAGUAUUAAUUUCUUUA